UUCAUUUCUUUGAGAUUGUUUGAUCAAGCUCCAAUCGGAACGAGACCCAUUGAUUGCGCCGCCCGGAAAUCAAUCAUCGCAGCAAAGGAGGCGAAUGUGAUACAUUACCUAUUAUUUAUAAAUUAAAUAUUUGCCCGAAAGAAAAAGGCAGUGGCAACGGGCAGCAUCCAAAAAGAAAAUUGUAGCCCAAAGGGACCAGUGAAGUUUAUACAGCUGUUUUUCCCUUGUCAAUAAGAAUUAUUACACGACGGCGGCGACGGAGGCUACCAUCCAAGUGCAACAAUACAACAAAAUGAAUAUACACAUAAACGCCAAUCACCUGAAGUACAUCAGUUUGAUAACAUUAACCCUACAGAAUGCAAUCCUGGGUCUAUCGAUGCGCUAUGCCAGAACGAGACCGGGCGAUAUAUUCCUUAGUUCAACGGCUGUGCUAAUGUCCGAAUUUGUAAAGCUGAUAACAUGUUUGAUUUUGGUCUUUAACGAGGAGGGUAAAGAUUUCCAGAAAUUCGUCAAGACCUUGCACAAAACCAUCAUUGCCAAUCCAACAGAUACGCUGAAAGUAUGCGUUCCCUCGCUUGUAUAUAUUGUACAAAACAAUUUACUCUAUGUUUCCGCCUCGCAUUUGGAUGCCGCCACCUACCAGGUGACAUAUCAAUUGAAAAUCCUCACCACAGCUAUGUUUGCCGUAGUUAUAUUGCGUAAAAAACUCUUGAGCACCCAAUGGGGAGCUUUGGUAUUGCUGCUGGUUGGCGUAGUAAUGGUACAGUUGGCCCAAACCGUAACAGAUGCCUCGGCGGCCGCAGCUGCAUCACAAACUACAAAUGGCAUUGAACAAAAUCGUUUCUUGGGUUUAAUGGCCGCCUUGGGUGCCUGUUUUCUUUCCGGGUUUGCUGGCAUCUAUUUUGAGAAGAUUCUUAAGGGGGCUGACAUCUCCGUGUGGAUGCGUAAUGUCCAGUUGUCGCUGUUGAGUUUGCCCUUCGGUGCCAUAACCUGUUUCGUCAGUGAUGCCUCGAAAAUAUUCGAACAUGGUUUCUUCUUCGGUUAUGAUCUGUUUAUUUGGUAUUUGGUAAUGCUGCAGGCCGGUGGUGGUCUCAUUGUGGCCGUUGUUGUAAAAUAUGCCGAUAACAUACUCAAAGGAUUUGCCACUUCUCUGGCCAUCAUCAUUUCGUGUGUUGCCUCUAUUUAUAUUUUCGAUUUCAAUUUAACAUUUAAAUUUGCCUUUGGUGCUGCUUUGGUAAUAGUUUCGAUAUUUUUAUAUGGUUAUGACCCCAAUAAGAAGGCAACAAAUUCAGUGGGUCCCAUCAAAGUGGUGACAAGCAGUGGUGGACCCCUGCGUCCCGAUGAAGAGAAGCUAUUGCCUUAAAUACUGCAGUCAGCCGGCUGGAGGAGAGUGAUGCAAUAUGUAAAUGUUUUUCUACAUUUUGGACUCGGAACUUAUGACUCGUUGCAGUAUUUACAACCUACAACUAUCACGAUAGAGUUGUUUUCACCAAAACAACUACAAACUUACGAUGGCCAUGUAGGUGAAAAUACACUUGACCGACCGAUCUUUUUUUACAAUAAGCAAAAUAAGCAAAAAUUAAGCAUAAUUUUACAAAGUAAUGAAACGAUAUUGUAUAUAUAAAGAAACACCGACGCGACCGCAUUCUACAAAAUAUAUAUAUUUUAAUAAUAGAUGUUAA